AUGCUUCUCUGCCCCUUCCAAGAGCUCAUUAAUCAGUCGUUAAUGAACCUGUUCCCUGCAGAAGUGUUGGGGCGGGGGCUGGGCCAUGGCUGAGCGGGAGGCGUGUGGCCGGUGGCAGUUGCCAGUGCCGCGGUGACAGUUCCACGGUGGAACCGUGCGGUCACAACGCUGCGGCACCUCCGGGGGCAGCAGGGCCUCGGCAACUGUCCUAAGGAUCUGGGAAUGGUGGGCCAAGGGAUGGAGGCCCCCAGCAGCGCACGGGGCCCCAAGGCCGACCUGAGCCAGCGCAACCAGGAGAUGCGUGUCCUAGUGGGCCUGCAAGAGCAAGGCAGGAAGAUUUUCGCUCAGUCCUGUGAGGAAAAGCUCCGGCAGAACAGGGAGCUGCUCCCCAGCCUGCAGGCGGCCUUGCAGGAGGACUCCAAUAUCCUGAAAUUUGUCCUGAAGUACAACAAACUCCCCACUAAGGAUGCCUUCGGAGAGGGCCAGGAGCUCGUUUCAGGCACUGAGAGCCUGGAGGUGGUCAUAAAGAAGAUCGAGGCCAAAAUCCAUGACCAGGUGAAGGUGUGUGACAUGCUGGUGCACCAGCUGAAGCAGUGGAGCCAAGCCAGGGACGAGCGCCAGAGGCACCUGCAGGAUCUGCAGGAUGCUGAGACAGACCCUAAGUGGCAAGAGCCAGAGCUGCAGACCAUUCGCCAGCUGGGCAAUGACAUCGAGAAGAUGCUCAUGAAAAUUCACAGUGGACAGAUUGUGACCAACCUGUACCUGAGGCUGCAGGAGGUCCUGAGGAGGGAGCUGGUGUACCUGCCUCGAUACCUGGACCUCCUGUCUGGGAUGACUGUGAUGUACCACGAGGAGCUCACUGGCCGGACUACCCUCAAAGCUGACAAUGUCAUCAAGAAACUCAUGGCCAAGGCGGGACCCCAGGUCCGUGUGGAGAGGCAGCUCAGGGACCAGUCCCUGGCUGAGCAGAGGAAGCACCUCGAGAGCCUCCGGCGCCAGGAGGAGAGCGAGAAGCAGCAGAGGCAGCAAGCUGUGUCCAUGCUCUCUGCAGAGCAGGACCAGAGCUCCUCAGAAACACUGAUGGGUGCUGACGUGGAGGCCGCCAUGGCCAAGAUGCAGCGCGAGGCCUUUGUGACCGACAAGAUGGAGAAGGCAAAGACUGCGCUGCAGUGCUCCUGCCUCUGGGACAUCCCCAGCAGCAUCGAGGCACAGAGGAAAUCCCUGGGGAGCCUGAAGCAGCACAUCGAUGAGUGCAACGAGACGAAGAACAUGCUGAAGAAGACACUGCAGAACCUGGAGUCCAAGCAGGCCAAACUGAAGUUCAACCAGCCUGUCAGCACUGCCAGCAUGCAGGAGGAGGAGCUGAGGGAGAACCUGAAGCAGGAGGAGGCGCGGCUGGAGCAGAUGCGAGCCCACAUGCUGAACAACCAGAAGCGCCUGAUCGAGUUUGAGAACAUCGUUGACAACAUGUUCCUCCGCCUGCAGGGCAUCUCCAUCCCUGGCAAGGAGGACUCAGGUGCGGUGCUGGGGAUGGAGGAGAAGCUGCAGCACUGUGAGCAGAAGCUGCAGUUCCUGAAGCAGCAGGCGGCAGCCCGGCCCGAGGACAGCACUGAUGAACAGAGCGAGGUAUGGGGGCUCGGUGGCCCUGGGAACACACUCAGGGCCCUCCCAGACCAAGGCCAUCCAAGCCAUCCUUCCUCAGCAAGGCCCCGGGGAAGAGCCAUGGAGCAGCUCAGCCGAUGGCACACCCAUGGUGCUUGGGUUGUAACACCCGCCUGCCCUCCAGCACUCAACCCAGGCUGUCUUCACAGACUUUUGCCAAGGUCAGGAACCUUCUGGAGGAAAGAACUGCAGGUGAAAAACAGAACCUGA